CUCCUUGCUCCACUUCUGGUCAGUCAGAACAUACUAGUAGGCGAGUUAGCAGUCCACACGCACAAUGGCUGAUUUGAGUGCCAGAGACGUUGAAAGAGCCAAUUUUGUCUUUUCCAUCUACGAUUUCGAAGGAAAUGGCACCGUAGACGCCGUGAAUUUGGGCGACAUGCUCAGGGCGCUCAACCUCAACCCCACCUUGGUCACCAUCGAGAAAGUUGGAGGAACCAAAAAGAAGAACGAAAAGAAGCUCAAAGUAGAAGAAUUCCUGCCCAUCUUCAGCCAAGUGAAAAAAGACAAGGAACAGGGCAACUUCGAGGACUUCCUGGAGUGCCUGAAGCUCUACGACAAAGAGGACAACGGCAAAAUGAUGGCAGCCGAGCUCGCCCACACUCUGCUCUCCUUGGGAGAAAGAUUGGCUGAUGAAGAAACCGAGACCGUUCUGGCCGAUUGCAUGGACAAAGAAGAUGACGAUGGAUUCAUCCCUUAUGAACCAUUCCUCAAAAAGAUGAUGGCGUAAGACAUUCGUCUGCGCAUUUACUUUUUUUUUAUUUUUAAUUACCUGAAGAUAACUGCUAAUAAAAAACGGUUUUCCCAAUUAAAAAAUAAACACCAGAAGUCAACGAGGAGAGCAAUUUUACCACCAAAAGGGCACUGCCGUACACCCACCACAAACGUUUCUAAACAAGCUGGAAUACAAUGUAUUUAUUUUUAAAUAAUAUUUUAUUAUAAUAAUUAAAACGUUCUUUAUUGUUACGUAUAUUAUUAUUGUCUUAAAUAGAUAGAUAAAUAAAUUAAAUGAAGCCCGAA